CUCAAUCGGUACCGCCAGCCGCGACCGCCUCCACCUCUCUCUCCCUCAUACCCUACCACCACGCCGUGCAGCCUCAGAUUACAGGUAAGACCCCUACCACCACGCUAUGCAGCCUCGGAUUGAGCCUUAUAGUUGGGGAAAUGGAGUCACAACCUAAUGCAGGUGUAGAAAAUCAUAAUGGACACCAGACAAAUCAUAAUGAAGAAACAAUCUCACAUCCAUAUGAUUUCAUUCCAGAAGCACCCAAGGAAGUGAAACCAAUAGUUGGUAUGGUGUUCAUUUCUGAAAAUGUUGCAUAUGAUUUCUACAAUGAAUAUGCUAGAUGGUGUGGAUUUAGUAUACGAAAAGGUUCAACGCGGAAUAGUAUGAAAACAGGUGAAACAAUUAUGCGAAGUUUUAUAUGUUCUAAGGAAGGGUAUCGACAUCGCAAGCAUAUAGAAGCAACAGAUCAUAAAAAGAGACCAAGAGCCAUGACAAGAUGUGAUUGCAAGGCAAAGAUUGUAGUUCACAAGAAUGGAUCAGAUAGAUGGGAAGUUAAGACAUUUGUGGAAGCACAUAGUCACAAUUUAAUGAGUCCAAGCAAGGUUCAUUAUUUACGAUCACAUCGACAUUUUACAGAUUCUCACAAGGUUGUCAUGGAUAACAUGAGAAAAGCAGGUAUUGGCGCAGCUAAAGUGUUAAAUUUUUUUACAAAUGAAGCUGGAGGACCUGAGAAAAUGGGUUUUAUUGAUGAAGAUGCAAGAAAUGCUCUAAAAAUUCAAAGGCGUGACAAACAUGGCAAAAGUGCUCAAGAGUUGCUUCUUUACUUUCAAAAUAAACAGAGGAAUGAUGAUAAUUUUACUUAUGCAAUCCAAAUUGACAAUGAAUGUAGAUUGACAUCUUGUUUUUGGGCAGAUAAUAUUUCAAAAAUAGACUAUGAAGCUUUUGGUGACGUUGUAUGUUUUGACACAACAUACAAGACAAAUGAAUUUGAUAUGCCUUUUGGUCCAUUUGUCGGAGUCAACCACCAUAAGAAAUCUAUCUUGUUUGGUGCCGGGCUUCUGUUUGGUGAAACCAUUGAAGAUUUCGAAUGGUUAUUUCAAUCAUGGUUACAAGCUAUGGGUGGGAAGCUUCCAAAGGCCAUAAUCACAGAUCAGGAUCCAGCAAUUGCUGCUGCAAUUGCAAAUGUAUUUCCGAAUACCGAGCAUAGGUUGUGCAUGUGGCACAUUGUUCAGAAGCUUCCAGAGAAGUUAGGUAAAGUAAUUAAUGAGAACCCAUCAUUCAACACUGAUUGGAGAAAUUGUGUAUAUAUGUGCGAUCAGGAAGCCGAAUUUGAUGCAUUAUGGGAUGUCAACGACACAACGGAGUGA